GUCGCGUAGUUCGUUCGAGACCAACGUGGUGCAGGGGCAGUGGCUCCGAGAUUCUAGCCGGGAGGAUAAAGGAUAACGGGCUGGUGCAAACAGUUGAAUGGAUCAUUGGAUUGGAUCCGUUGCAGCUGUGUGGUGAUAGCUGGUGAAUGUGAUUGCAGUGUGACACUACUGGAAGCGUGGGCUUUAAGAAGCUUUCAAGUGGAUAUCUUUGCGACACAUUGUGAGCGUACUUUUUCAUCUUUAAUGUGAUAACUAGUGAUAAAUAGUUCGCGUAAUUGGGUGCCCGGAACCACUGUUGUAUAGAUAAUAAUAGUGUAUACACAACCCAACGGCUAGUGAAAUCCUAGACAUGUUGAACGUACACUCAGUGCCAUAAACAAAUCAAACAAAACGAAAUGAAUCGGUUGUCAGCGUAUACCACCACAGUACUGCUCCUGUGUGGAUACUGUGUUUCAACAAAUAGCGCGCGGAGCAGACCAGCAGUAUCAUCAUCCGCUCCGGAUGAUAAUGAUGCAGCCACCGUGUUGAAUAAUCUCAGUGAGGUGACUCGCGAGCGGUCAGAUGAAACCUACUUCGAGGACGAAGAACUCGGUGCCCUGAUGGCCAGGUUCAUCGCGCGGGAUAGGAUUAUGAAGCGAUCCGGUGGGGUGAACCGCAUUGAGCUUCAGGAAGGGGAUUCCGGUGAUAAUUACACCGUGUUCAAUGUGGGAGUUCUAAUGGCAUCGCAUUUGGAUUCACCAUUCGAUCUGGAGCGCUGUGGGCCAGCUGUUGACCUAGCUUUGGAAUUUAUCAACGAUUUCCUGCUGAAGGCGCACAACCUGAAACUCAUGAAGGUACAAGCCAGCUACGCUUCCUGUUCCGGAGCCAAAUCACCCGGUCUCGCGGCGGAUAUGCACUUCAAGCACAACGUGAUAGCCUUUAUCGGGCCUGCCUGUGCCUUCGCGUUGGAACCGGUGGCGCGACUAGCAGACUAUUGGAAUACACCCAUAAUCACCGGCAUGGGCGAUCAGCCACCGUCCGAGGGGGAACUUUCUGUGACAUCCGGAAUUCUUGGACGCCUGAGUAAUAAAUGGAAAAACGAAAGCACGGGUAUCUUCAAGGAUAAAUCCAAGUAUCAGACGUUGACGCGAAUGUCCUACUGCCAGUGCCGACUGAAGCUGGUCUUUUCCAGCAUCUUCCGGCAGUUUGGUUGGCGGCACAUCGCGCUGCUGUUGGAUCGGUCGGACUUGUUUUCCCUCACGGUGGGUAAAAAUCUGGAGUACGGUUUGAAGGAGGAAGACCUGUUGACCUUCGUGCGUGAGCUGGACGGAAACGAGGAGGAGGAUUUAGAUAACUAUCUACGGGACGCUAGUAUGUACGCCAGAGUGAUUAUUUUGUCCGUACGUGGCAGCCUGGUUCGUAAGUUCAUGCUAUCCGCCCAUAGGCUCGGGAUGACGCGGGGGGAAUUCACGUUUCUCGAUGUGGAAAUCUUCCAGAGCUCCUACUGGGGCGAUCACUACUGGGAGCUGGGAGACGAGGAUGACCAGGCGGCCCGGAAGGCUUACGAGGCGUUGCUGCGAGUUUCCCUGCUGCAGCCCACCAGUCCCUCGUAUCAAACUUUUGCCGAGCGGGUGCGACAACUGGCCAAACGUGACUACAACUACACCUUCGUGGAGGAUGAGGAGGUGAACUUCUUCAUUGGUGCUUUUUUCGACGGUGUUUAUUUGCUCGGUAUGGCACUGAAUGAAACGCUCAACGAGGGCGGCAAUAUCCGGGAUGGGACGGCUAUCACGAGGAAAAUGUGGGGACGCAGUUUUGAUGGAAUCACGGGACAUGUACGAAUCGAUGACAACGGGGAUCGUGAUGCAGAUUAUUCCAUUCUUGAUCUGGACCCAAUUACCGGCCGGUUCGAAGUGGUAGCACAUUACUACGGACGGACGAGAGAAUAUUGUCCAGUCAAGGGAAAGCGGAUACACUGGCCCGGAGGAAGAGAAGGCCCCCCGCCCGAUAUUCCCAAGUGUGGUUUCCUGGGAACCUCGCCGUCCUGUCAAGGAAGUGAAAUGAUUCUAGUGUACGGAGUAAUUGGAUUUGGAAUCAUCUCCACGUUUGCAGCGGUAAUCACGUAUAUCCUUUGCAAACAGAUGAAAUUAAACAACGAACUGAACAACAUGUCCUGGAGGGUGCGACCAGAUGAGGUGCUUCUGGAGGUUGGGAGACUGUUCGGAAGCAAAAUGGGACUGCAGAAACUUAAUUAUGAGAAUUUAUCCCUCCAACAGUUCGGCAGCUCAGGGCGUGCAUCGAUUGCGAGUGGAAAUUCACAACUUCCAACCCAACUGUUCACCACGAUUGGCAUAUACAAGGGAGAACGUGUUGCCAUUAAGAAAGUAACUAAGAAGAAGGUUUACAUCACUUCGACGCUACUCUGGGAAAUCAAGCAGACACGUGACGUAAGUCAUGAAAACACGGUCCGCUUCGUAGGAGCCUGUAUUGAUCUUCCCCGACCUACAAUUUUGAUCCUUACGGAGUACUGUCCGAAGGGUAGUCUCAAAGAUGUUCUUGAGAAUGAGGCUAUCCAGUUGGAUUGGAACUUCCGGAUGUCACUGAUACACGACGUCGUGAAGGGUAUGGCAUAUCUUCACAACAGCGAUGUUGCGGUACACGGAAAACUUCGUUCGUGCAACUGUCUCAUCGAUGGUCGAUUCGUGCUGAAGAUUUCCGAUUUCGGCUUGCGUACACUGACCACACCUUCCGAGUACGUGCGGGACCAGAACUAUUACAACAAAGUGAAAUUUUCAGAGCUUCUCUGGGUUGCUCCAGAGCUGCUGCCGGCUACUGUCAUCCCGGGAACUCCCGCUACACAAAAGGGCGAUGUUUACUCGUUCGCUAUCAUUCUGGAGGAAAUAGUUGUACGUGGUGGACCCUAUGAAGCGGCGAGACAAUUUAUGGACCCGAAGCUAAUUGUGGAACGCGUGGCAAAUCACGAAGGUCCCCCGUUUCGACCUUUCGUGGACCAAAGAGACUGUCCACCGGAUUUGCAUGAUUUGAUGGAGAAAUGCUGGGCGGAUAGCCCAGAUGAUCGUCCAACGUUUGCCCAGAUUCGAAGCACUGUUAAAUUAAUCAUGAAGGGUUUCUGCGAAAAUCUCAUGGACGAUUUGCUGCGCCGCAUGGAACAGUACGCAAAUAACUUGGAGAGUCUGGUGGAGGAGAAGACAGAGCAGCUCAGCAUGGAGAAAAGACGCACGGAAGAGCUCCUCUAUCAAGUGCUUCCGAGACCAGUUGCGCAGCAACUCCUUGCUGGAGAGAUGGUGCAACCGGAACAGUUCGAAUGCGUCACCAUAUAUUUUAGUGAUAUCGUAGGUUUCACAGCCCUUUGUGCCCAAAGUCGACCAAUGGAAGUGGUGGACUUUUUGAACGAUUUAUACAGCACUUUCGACAGAAUUAUUGUGUUUUAUGAUGUGUACAAAGUGGAAACGAUUGGCGAUGCCUACAUGGUGGUGUCGGGUCUACCCGAGCGGAAUGGUCACGACCAUGCCCGUGAGAUUGGACUAAUGUCGUUGGCCAUUUUGGACGCUGUGAAAUCAUUCACGAUAAAACAUAAACCCGAUCAGCAGUUGAGAAUUCGCAUCGGGAUACACUCGGGGCCUGUUUGUGCCGGGGUAGUCGGCCAAAAGAUGCCCCACUACUGCUUGUUUGGGGAUACAGUCAACACGGCUUCCCGCAUGGAAUCAACUGGACACCCACUGAAAAUACACGUUUCUGAGGCUGCCAAACAAAUACUCGAUAAAUUUGGCACCUUCCGGUUGGAACUGAGAGGUGAGGUGGAACUCAAAGGUAAAGGCAUCGUUACCACUUAUUGGUUGCUGGAGUGUUCAGAGCCCGAUCCAAGACCUCCGACGCCGCUGAAACACUACAUCGACAAUGAAGUACCAUUCCCCAUUCUGUUCCCUGGAAUUGGGAAAUAAUUCUGCCAUACGUUACCCGAAAUGUCCUGAAACUAGCCUUGGUGUCUUUGUGUGCUGCUUGAAGAACAGUAUUACUAGCUAUUUUAUCGUUUAGGGAAGAGCCAUUUACUACAUAUUCGACGUCAAUUUAUCUCGGGGCUAACCGGUUUAGAGGGAAAUUUUAACUAAUGAAAUUAUUUUAUGGAGUCAAUAUUUUGUCAUGGAAUAUACCAAACUGUGUAAUAGAAGACGUACAAACGUAACUGAAUGUGAUAUCUAAGCCACGUGUUUUAAUUUAUUCUAA